CACAUCCGGCGCGGGGGGAGUUGGAAGUUGCGGCGGCGGCGCCGGGACCGGAGACCCGCGGCCCCCGCGCAGCGAUGGACGUGGUCUGAGCUCCAGCCUCUCCCCCUGCCCGAGAGAGCAGCCGAGGCUGGAUACAUUUCUCAAAAGCCAAACUGCGAACAACUCUGGCGAUGCCAAAAUCCCCCUCCAAGUGACACGGCUUUGCGAAGGAGGUUUCCUCAGGCUGGGCUCUCUCUGUCAUUCCGUCUGCCUUCCUCCGCGACGAUAAAAGGCUUCGCUCUGGUAAUAGGGAUUUAGAAAAGAAAAAGAAAAAAAAAAACUGCGCUAAACUCUAUCGUGACCUUAAACUCUUCGGACUGGUUUUAAAAAUAAAUACUGGAAGAAAAUCCAUCCUCCCAGAGAAUCGGCAUAGGAGGAGAUGGAAGUUUUCCCCUUGCUCUUGGUUUUGUCCAUCUGGUGGUCUCGAACCUGGGACUCGGCGAAUGCGGAUUCGAUCAUUCACAUCGGAGCAAUUUUUGAUGAGUCUGCCAAAAAAGAUGAUGAGGUGUUUCGCACAGCAGUUGGCGACCUUAACCAGAAUGAGGAGAUCUUACAGACUGAGAAAAUCACAUUUUCAGUGACAUUCGUUGAUGGCAACAACCCUUUUCAAGCAGUUCAAGAAGCCUGUGAACUUAUGAAUCAAGGCAUCUUGGCCCUGGUCAGCUCCAUUGGCUGCACGUCAGCAGGGUCCCUCCAGUCUCUGGCAGAUGCCAUGCACAUCCCCCACCUCUUCAUUCAGCGUUCAACAGCUGGGACCCCAAGAAGUGGCUGUGGACUCACCCGGAGCAACAGGAAUGAUGACUACACUCUCUCAGUUCGACCACCUGUCUACUUGAACGAUGUUAUCCUAAGAGUGGUCACAGAGUAUGCCUGGCAGAAAUUCAUUAUAUUCUAUGAUAGUGAGUAUGAUAUCCGUGGAAUACAGGAAUUUUUGGACAGAGUAUCUCAGCAAGGGAUGGAUGUUGCACUUCAGAAGGUAGAGAACAAUAUCAAUAAAAUGAUCACCACUCUCUUUGAUACCAUGAGAAUAGAGGAAUUGAAUCGCUAUCGAGACACUCUUAGGCGAGCCAUCCUUGUUAUGAACCCCGCCACCGCCAAAUCCUUCAUUACUGAGGUUGUGGAGACUAAUUUGGUUGCUUUUGACUGUCACUGGAUCAUUAUAAAUGAGGAAAUAAAUGAUGUGGACGUACAGGAACUUGUAAGAAGGUCAAUUGGAAGGUUAACGAUUAUUCGGCAGACAUUUCCAGUCCCCCAGAAUAUAAGUCAGCGAUGUUUCCGUGGCAACCAUCGAAUAUCUUCAACACUGUGUGAUCCAAAGGAUCCAUUUGCUCAGAACAUGGAGAUUUCAAACCUUUACAUAUAUGACACAGUGCUUCUGCUUGCUAAUGCUUUUCAUAAGAAGCUGGAGGACCGAAAGUGGCACAGCAUGGCAAGUUUGUCAUGUAUCCGAAAGAACUCGAAGCCUUGGCAGGGAGGGCGUUCAAUGUUGGAGACCAUCAAGAAGGGUGGAGUUAAUGGGUUGACUGGAGAGCUAGAAUUUGGAGAAAAUGGAGGCAAUCCCAAUGUCCACUUUGAAAUUCUUGGAACCAACUAUGGAGAAGAGCUUGGCAGAGGUGUUCGCAAACUUGGGUGCUGGAAUCCUGUCACAGGUCUGAAUGGGUCACUGACCGAUAAGAAACUGGAGAAUAACAUGCGUGGCGUGGUUUUACGUGUGGUGACUGUUCUGGAAGAACCUUUUGUAAUGGUCUCUGAAAAUGUCUUGGGUAAGCCGAAGAAAUACCAGGGCUUCUCCAUUGAUGUUUUGGAUGCCUUGUCAAACUACCUGGGUUUUAACUAUGAAAUUUAUGUCGCACCGGAUCACAAAUAUGGAAGCCCACAAGAAGAUGGGACAUGGAAUGGCUUGGUAGGAGAACUAGUCUUUAAGAGAGCCGACAUAGGGAUUUCUGCUUUAACCAUCACUCCGGAUCGUGAGAAUGUGGUGGACUUCACAACACGUUACAUGGACUACUCAGUGGGGGUACUACUUCGAAGGGCUGAAAAGACAGUGGACAUGUUUGCCUGUCUUGCACCAUUUGAUCUCUCUCUCUGGGCUUGCAUUGCCGGCACAGUCCUGCUGGUGGGUCUGCUGGUCUACCUCUUGAACUGGCUUAACCCCCCGCGAUUACAAAUGGGAUCAAUGACGUCUACUACUCUCUAUAACUCCAUGUGGUUCGUGUAUGGAUCCUUUGUGCAGCAAGGUGGGGAGGUCCCAUACACGACUCUGGCUACUCGAAUGAUGAUGGGGGCGUGGUGGCUGUUUGCUUUGAUUGUCAUCUCCUCUUACACAGCAAACCUUGCUGCUUUCCUCACUAUUACCCGCAUUGAAAGCUCCAUCCAAUCUCUCCAGGACCUUUCUAAGCAAACGGACAUCCCUUAUGGCACAGUACUGGACUCUGCAGUGUAUGAACAUGUUCGCAUGAAGGGACUGAAUCCUUUCGAGAGGGACAGCAUGUAUUCCCAAAUGUGGCGGAUGAUCAACCGAAGCAACGGAUCAGAGAACAAUGUUCUGGAGUCCCAAGCAGGCAUUCAAAAGGUAAAAUAUGGAAAUUAUGCUUUUGUAUGGGAUGCAGCUGUAUUGGAAUAUGUGGCUAUCAAUGAUCCAGACUGUUCCUUUUAUACCAUUGGGAAUACCGUUGCUGAUCGGGGAUACGGAAUUGCAUUGCAACAUGGCAGUCCUUACCGGGAUGUUUUUUCACAAAGGAUCCUGGAGCUCCAGCAGAAUGGCGACAUGGACAUCCUGAAGCACAAGUGGUGGCCUAAGAAUGGCCAGUGUGACCUGUACUCCUCAGUGGACACGAAGCAGAAAGGAGGCGCCCUGGACAUAAAGAGCUUUGCAGGGGUUUUUUGCAUCCUGGCCGCCGGCAUCGUCCUGUCCUGCUUCAUAGCCAUGCUGGAGACGUGGUGGAACAAGAGGAAAGGCUCCCGCGUGCCGUCCAAAGAGGCUCCAUCCCUGCAGAACGAAACCACAAUAUCUGAAAGAAGGAAUGCUUGGCCACUGAGGCCAUGUUUGAAACUUGGCGGCAAUACCUGGAGAAGCCAGGCAUCCGGUCACGGCCUCCACCAAUCGUCACAACUGGGACGACCCCUGGAUGACCCAUAACCUCUCCCAGCACCAGAGCUGCUGAUCUCUUUCCCUCCUGUUGAUGUCAGGAUCCAUUCGACCCUGAGUACCCAAAACUGGUGAGCAAAUGUACUAUCUUCUAAAUCAAAAACUCUUCUUCAGUUCAAGGAAGCUGAACUCACCAGGUUGUGACAUCCAGAAAUCCUUGCUGUGAUCCACUCAUGGAAGAGCAACGACAGGACUGCUGCUUUCAGCCACAGGUCAUGGGUCUUGCCCAGCCAACCCAUCAGCCUUAGAGGGACGCUUCUAUGCAGGGGACUCCUUGUCUGUAUGUCCUGGUCACAAGCACUCACACUGAGGUCCAAAUCCACACCAGAAUAGCUUCUACCUGGGCAGGAUUCACCAUCUUCUCAACUCUGUUUCUUGGGACUUCUGGUGGCCCAAGAUCCAGUGAGACAUGCAGGACCAUCAAGGAGAAUGUGUUUGGCAGAUCUUAACCAGAAAUAGACAGAAGCCCCUUCCAACCCAUAUGAAAUCACCAGUGAUUGUGGUUAAUCAGCUUUGGAGACUUUGAUCCCAUAAUUCUCUGUGUAUUACUAAAACAACAUUACCUUCAUAUUUACCAAAAUGGUCCACUUUCCUCCAUGCCAAAAGACAUUGCCUUUACCCCAAGUGAGCAUCAAACACCCACAUCGUGCAUGGAAUCCUGGCUAAUGUAGAGCCUCCAUUUUGAAUCCACACCUAGGACAUUUGUCAUUAUAAACAAAGAUCACUUGGAUCGGUGAGAUUACACCCUGGACUUGCAGUGCCUGUGUAUACUACCCACCACUAAGAAACUGGGUUUUCCCUAUACCCACUUCCACAUACAUCCAUAACACCACUUCCAUGCAAAUCAUCUCUUCCAAGUCAGUUACAAAAGCAUCACAUGAAACAUCCCAACCUGUCAUGAAUUCAGCCUGUUUUUAUUGAGAACCUACUAGGUGCCAAGCACUGCAUUCCAUCCUGGGGCUACCAUGGUGAAUAAGUCCCAACCCUUGCCCCAGGAAGUUUGCAUUCCAAUGAGGAUGUCAGACGAUUCAACAGCGUGAGUGCUAGAGCAGUGUGCUGAGGACCACAAGAACUCCCUCGUCUCUGUUCCUUGAUCAAUCACCCAGGCAGUUCCCAGUUGCCCAGGCUGACACAUAGAUGAUCUUCGAAUAUGCCAAAGCAACCCACAAGAUUAAAGCCAACAAGCAGCAGUCCCAAGUGGUUAUCGAAUGGGUUCUGGUUACCUAAUGUGUGAUUUAUGAACCACCUGACUUUUAAACAAGUGAGAUGUGCACUUACUGAGCACCUUACUGGUAUGUCACCCAACUGGUGACCCUACGUGUAGCUGCUCACAGGUGAAAAUCAGGCUGUGACAUCAGAAGAAAGACAUGGCUUCAAGUUUGGAUCCCGGCGCUGAUGAUGACUGGGCAAAUCACUUAAACUCUGGUCUUUGGUGUCUUUCUUUGCAACAGACAAAUAAAAACAUUAUAUACUGUACCUACCUCACAGGGUUGUUGUGAGAAUCAAGUGAAAAAUGUAUGUGAAAGCACUUUUGUAAACUUUAUUUUUGAAUCAUUCCAUUUUCCAUGGGUUCUUCAUCCUCCCUACGAAAUACAAUAUUGUAAUUUACCAGAAGGGUGUAUUCUUAUCCCCUCUGUCUCCCUGUGUCGUGAAUGGUACGAGAAGAUGAAGUACAUGCCCUCCUGGAUAUCUGGUUUUCAGUUUGGGGACUCUGAUGCCUCACCAAGUGACAAGGGUAUAAUCCAGAGGACCAAAGCUGGGGUCCUGAUGCCAUGUAGAUAUCCCACAAUUCACAUGCCACUAGACUGGGACAUCAGUCAACUCUCUGGAUGGAAGCUGGUCCCCAAGACCCACGUAGAGAACCCAUUCUUGGCCCUAGAGAUCUAACCAGAACACAGUCAUUCAGGGACUCACCUGGGUUCUGGCUUCCAGAGUAGUCACCAGCCACUCUGGGAAAGAGCAUGUCUCCCAGAAUGGCGGAAAGAGAUUGGUUAAAGGAGACACUGACCCGAUUAAAUGAAAUACAAGCCACACCUGACUGCCUGACCUAUUAUAGUUGGGUUGUCAAGGGAAAUUCCUAGACACUCAUUUAAAUAAAGGAAAUUGGUGACACAUUUCUUCUUUUAGCAGUGUAUCCCUGAGACCAACCUGGCUCUUGCCUGCCUGAUUUUGAUUUGUCUAUUCCCUGUCUGUUCAGUAGACCUGUGAUAAGAUGUGUUUCUGGCUUACAAAUCUCAUGUCUCCUUUACACACACACACACAGACACACACACACACACACACACACACACACAAUGAGGAGGGCCACCCAUUUUUCCCAUCCUACCUUUUGGCCAAGCCCUAGGUCAGCCUUCCCUUUCUGAUGAUUCAAUAUGCAUUCUGGAUUGGCCAAUCAAAUUUGAGUUCAGUGUCACCGGGGCAGUCCUAAUCUGUCCCAGGCUCAAACUCGGACUUUAUUUCAGUCCUGUGUAGAAGCUUAGACUGCCCACAGAGCCACUGGUAACCCAGCAAUCCUUUAAGCAAAAGGAGGUGUUAAGCCUAAAAUAGAAAACUUCAACUGCAAUCCAUCCCUCAAGUUCCUAGAGCAAGGAAAGAAGAUUAUAGGAAAAGUUUUGAUGCAAUGUGUGUAUCAAUUUCCAAAGUAUUUUUAAAUGGAAUGGAAAAUGACUUACAAUCUCCUCGUUGCUAAUAGGUC